AUGGAUUUUCCUGUAGUCAAGGGAGUAGAUAUUAGGAAUGGUUUAGCUAUGGAGUGGAUCAAACUUAAGGUUCUUGGCAAGGGUUCCUAUGGAGUGGUGAACUUGGUGAAACCAAUAAACUACGUUUUUGCUGAUCGAGUUUUCGCUGUUAAGUCGUGUCGUUACGAGGAUUCCAGUUCUGUUCAGAAGGAAUUAGAAAUCCUGGAACAGUUUGCUGAUUGUCGUAAUAUUGUUCAAUGCUAUGGUGAUCUGUUGAGUAUUGAUCAGGGGAUGCUGGUUUACAAUUUGUUUCUUGAAUAUGCACCUGGUGGUAGUUUUUUGGAUUUGAUGGUCAAGAAAUAUGGGGGCAAGAUACCAGAAAGUGAUGUGAAGUGCUACUCCAAAAUGCUGCUUGAAGGGAUUCGGGAUAUUCACGCCAGAGGCUAUGUCCAUUGUGAUCUCAAGCCGGCAAAUAUCCUUGUUUUUCCUCCUGAUCGGUAUGGUUCCAUUAGCAACCUAAAGAUCGCUGAUUUUGGCCUGCUUAGACGAGCUGGAGAAAGAAAUAUGCCAGAGGUAGAGGCUUGGAUGCUAAAUUUUCCAGGUACUGGAGUUUACAUGCCACCAGAAUCUGUUACUGAUGGGAAAAUCAGUGCUGCCUUAGAUAUAUGGUCCCUAGGGUGCGUUGUUCUUGAGAUGAUCACCGGAAAAUUACCAUGGGAAUAUCAUAACUUGGCGGAUUUGGCGAUCAAGAUUGGAUUUUCGAGAUAUCCUCCAAAAAUACCAGAAAACAUGUCAAGCACUGGGAAAGAUUUCUUGAUGAAGUGUUUUGCCAGGAAUCCAAGUGAAAGAUGGACUGCGGAUAUGCUAUUAAGCCAUCCUUUUCUCCUUUCAGAGUGCCCUCCGUUGUCACCUCAUUGUCUUCCAUGCAUGGAAGAACUGGAGGGAUUUGGUUUCGUUACUUCUAUCCUUGCUGUUGGUCCUGUAUACGAGUGUACGCUUUUCCAUACUCUCAAGCAAGUAGGCGGCUACUCGCCUGUUAUUAGAUGCAAUUCUGAAUCCUUUGCGAGCGCUGAAUUGAAGAUAAAAUCUAUUGGAUGUACAAAGUGUCAAUCUAUUGGUCACUUCAGCUGCCCUGAUUGCUCUAAUACACCUAAAGUUUGA